AUGCCAAUGCUUCCUAACUCCGGUAAGGUAGAGCAACAGGAGAAUAUUCAGAGAGCAGGGCGCAAUACGAGCGUGCCUUGUGCCAAUCAAGAAGAGCUCUUACAAUAUCGGGGGACGAUGACAGCUAAGUUUCCACAGUCUGCUGGCCAAAUACAGUACAAUGCCGAAAGUUCCUCAGUGGAGAAGCCGAGUGCACAAUGGCGCGAAAAUCGUCAUGCGUCUUUGCAGAUCCAGAAUGAAAAUUAUCGUCCAGAAUCGGGGCAAUAUGCGACUCGUUUUGAGGGGUACCCUGGUGCGGAGCACCCAGGCCAGAGUACAGGGCAUGAUCAAUGUCUACACUCUCCUCGUCCAGAAGAAGACGGACUCUGGCCCCCAACUUCCUAUUCUUCAACAUUAUCAGCAAAACCCAUAGGUCCGAGCCAAACUCCUAUGUCAACUAAUCGUGGUAUUGCUACACCUCUUUCGUGUCUGAGUCGUGCGGCAGCACAGGUAGACUGCCCAAACUGCAGUCAUCGAACGAUGACUAAUAUUAGCUAUGAAGUUGGAAACACAACUCACAUGUGGGCUCUUCUGAUGUGGAAAGGUUGGUACAGACCACCUGAUACUUAUGGGCAUUUAUUCACUUUGGUUAACAUAGUGUGGGAUCCUCCUCGCAACUUGGCACCGAAGUGGUGCUACUGA